AGACAGCGCACAAGCUUAUCGUCUACUUGUGUCUCACAGGCGAUACCAGGACAGCUGCGGUGGUCGAGCACGGCAUAGGUCAAGGUACUGCGGAACUCGGGCCAAGCUAAGCUGGUAGCGUUGUCAACUAGCCACGUCAAAGCGAAGAUUAUUCAACGCCUACGUGACUUUGCUGUACCCCUCCUGCGCCUGCGUGGACAUUGCUACGCAGCUAUACUGGAGCGCAAGGCCGGCUUCACGCAUUUCGGCAGCUGAGGCGGCAGACAGCGCACAAGCUUAUCGUCUACUUCUGUCUCACAGGCAAAUUGGACAACGUGUGACUGAUAUUCAGAGAAAUUUCACAAAUCAAGAGACAAAUCCUGGACACAUCAGAUAUGAGCUUUCGAGAAGACUGGGCACAUAUGGAAGGCACGUCAGAUGCUGCCAUGUGCAAAGAGAUGGAAGUAGAUAUGGAAUGGCAAGUUCCCUGCACAGCUGCAGAGGACAGAACGUGCCAGAUAGCAGAUCACAUUUCAGUUUUGAACAGACUGCUCUGGUGGACUGGACUUCGGCUGCUCGAGCUAUCAGAGGGCGACGGCCAGCUAGCUGUGGUGGAUUGUCAAGCUUCUGCCUAUGAGCUUUGCUUGGGAGAAGAAAGGCGUAUGGCACUUGAAUGUCUGGCUUGGUUGCUGACAUCUCACCCCUGUGUGACAUCCCUGUACGCAAACAAAGAAAUCCAUGAAGCUUACCAUGAAGCAGUCUUCCGGGGUGCGCUUGAUGCGAACUGCUCGCUGAAGUCACUCACUGUUGACGUACCUUCAGCUGACUAUUUCGGAGACGUUCGUGCGAUCAUUUGUGCUUUGCCCCAACUAGACAAACUCGAGGUCCGGUCAGAAGACCUGGAGUUACAAGUUGCGCUGGCCAUUUCAGAAGCACUAAGUACGAGAAUGCUGACUGUGCUUGACAUUUCAAUUGGAAAAAUUGCAAGUGAGAGCGCUUUCAAUGCCUUAAUGACGGCUCUCAAGGCAAACUCCACCCUGCGAGAGUUGUCAGUUAACGAUAAGCUGUUUAUCGGCAGUUGCGGAGGUAGGGAGCAAAAGUUCACACACUAUUUGGCAAGGGAAUCGAUGCUUGACACGAUGAGUAUUCGUGUGACAAGCACUGAUACAUUGAAGUGUGUCCUGCUAGGCAUGCGCAACAACGAAAGGAUGUCCACAUUGAAUUUGCUCGGACAGUUUCCCGAUGACAUAACUUUAUGCGAGAUUUUGCGGGACAUUUUCUUGCAAAAUACUGCUUUAAGCAGCAUCACGAUGUCAGCCCUCGAUGGCCAUUUUGCGAUUCCUCAUGAGAAUGGUUUUGGAGUGUGGCUCGAGGGCCUUGCGAAGAACAAGACGCUGAAACGCAUGAAGUUCCCGUUCACGAUGAUACCUCGUGAUAGGUGGCACUCAAUUUUCGAAACUGUGUCCACACACACAGGGCUCGAAAAAGUCGUCGUGGAGGUGUCAGAUUCGAAGUUCGAUGAACUUGAAUGGUUCAAGACUUACCCACGGGCACGCAGGCUGCAUGACGCACUGCUUGACGUAUGCAGGAGCCUUGACAGUAGCAGCGCUAAAGGCAAGGUAACUUUCAUCUUCAAGACACUACAACCGCACAAUCUAGACGCCACUACAUCAGAUUAUUUUUCUUUCCUGAUUCCUCGUGGAGAGAUCACAAGUCCACCGAUGAAUGUAAUAAAGCAGCUCUGUUCUUUUGAGAGUCUCAAAAUGACAGAACUACGAGUAGACCUGUAUGUCCUGGAAGGACGUCAAUUGGAAGUUGCUAAGUUCAUAAGGGAAACUACUACGUUGCGGAAACUGCGUCUUAUCGACCAGUUCCUCAUGAUCUCGGAUAUGCUCAGCUAUAUGAUCUGGGAACCCAUUUUGCAGUCGCUGUGGGAAAACACCAGCAUAAGAGAAAUCACCGUAUACACAAAAGACGACACCCACGAAUGUUUCGACCGCCUUCUUGAGCUAGUGGCAUUAAGCAAGACAAUCAGAAAACUGAACGUAUAUCGUUCUGGCCCUUUCGACUCCGGGAUCUUCGAGAACUACAGUCUCUGCAACUUCAGAAUGUUGAUAGAUGAUUCAGAAGAAUUGAAUUGGUUCGAUUGGUGCGACACAUCGUGGCGAAACUCUGGCAUCGUGGCACGGGCUGCUCAUAUUAUGAAUGAAACCAGGUGGGACAGGUGGUGUGCCAUUGCCCUGGAGACCGUUUCACUGAUGGAAGAGCUCGCCGAAGUGCUCCCCGAGAGCGAGGUCGACAUCGAGACCCGGGUUAGAGAUCGACUCAGGGACUUUCGGGACAUGAAUGCAUUCAUGCAACUGACUGGCGUCGUCAAAGAAAAGGUCGCAUGUCAUCCACGGGAGGACGGGCGCAAGCAGCUUAGCGACCUGGACGAGGAUUGCAGGAGGCACCUGAUGCGCUACCUGCGAGUGAGCGAUAUCCGCUGGGCCUCUACGACUGCAAACAGCACCGCUCUACAAUGAAGGCCGUUUAUUUUUGUGCUAAACACUCUUGAAGGCAUCCUUGCCAUUCCAUAACUGUUUCAUUAAUAGUGGUACCAAAGUGUGAAAGCUGUUGACCAAGGAGUGAUUUAUAAUUCAUUUAUAUUCGUUUCGAAUGACCUGGGUGUCAGUAUUGUUACAGUGAUUGCAUGUCGAAAUAUAUUUGUACGGCAUUGAA